CAUAAUUUUUUUUCUUAUUUAACUGCCCUUUUUCGUUUUAAAUUUUCCUCUUUACUACGAAGAAGCUACAUACAAAAUCGUAUAAGGCGUGCGGAGAUUUCCUUCGCGGCCAUGAGAGCCGGGUAAUCAAAUUCAUGGUUUUUUUGGAGCUGUUCCCAAAGGAAGCAAUCCUACAGGAGGUGGCAUAAAUCAGGAAUGUUGCAAAAGUUGGUAUUUACAUGAGAGAUCUUUUUUGGGGGUGGAUGAUUUCUUAGUACUUUCAUUUGCACUCGGCCGCCGCCGCUGUUUGGCCGCCGGAAGCCGAGAGCUGACCUACGGGAUGGCGGGCGGCUGCUGACCGUCCCCAUUUCAAUUGUUGGCCGGCAAUCUCGCGCCGAUCGGUUCGCGAUCGACUGGCAAUCCUUGCCCAAAGACUAGGGCGAACGAUAUUACGCUGCCAAGUCCCACAGCAAGGUAUGGACUUCAGUGGAGGCCCUCCACUUAAGAAGCAUCAGGAUUUUGGAAUCCCGGACCUGUGGUCACCAGUGACACCUGUGAAAAAUAUCCCAACAAGAAGACAAUUAAUCUCUAGCCCAUGCUAUAGCCAAAGGAACCAAAUCCCUAAACCAAGUUGGCUUGAUCUGGUCUCCGGAGUUCAGGCAGCAACUCCUCCAUGGGGACUUUCUUUCCAGAAUGGAGUUUGCAGCACUCCAGGCAUUCCCAACUACCUGCAAGCUCUUAAUGGCAGUCAGGCAGUUGAGGAAGCUUCUGCAAGCCAGGCUACAAUUAGCAGUCACUUGCCUCAUUCAGCGACAGUUAAUAAUGACAAUGCCGUUUUAAUGAACCACUGCCCUCUUAAGCUUGGCAAAAUACGACCUUUGACUCCCUUCUUUGAGAAUGUUGGAAAUUGCCAGGUGUUGCCUGCUUCCUCAAAUCAGUUGCUGCUGAAUGGAAAGGUUUUGCUUCCCCAUGGCUGUUAUAACAGAAGCAGCAACUGUGCUGUUCAGAAAACCCAAUAUGGAUCAACAGUUACCCGCCUUCCCAAUCUAAAUUCUUUUCAAAAUUCAUCUAUGAGCUUUGCUGGAACUGGGGAAAUGCCCAAUUUGCUAAAUCAUAUGAAUCCAGAAAUAUACAAUGAAAGAAUGCAGUAUACACAACAAUCUUUGGAUGUUACUAACUUGGUUGAUGAGCACGUAAGAGAACAAAAUUUGAUGGUAAAUGUGUCUGCCAAUGCAUCAUUCUCAAAUCUGUUGAUGUCGUCUGAGCUUGCUUCCUUCCAAAAUACAGAUUGUAUUAAGAACCUGGCAGUUCCAGCUGAUGAAAUCUCAAAUCAGCUAACAGCAAUUGAGAAGAGCCUUGUGGAGAGAGAGAAUGAACGAACAGACUUGGAUGAUGAUGCUUCUAAACAGAAGCCAAAACGGAAGAAGCAUAGACCCAAAGUGAUUAUAGAAGGAAAACCUUCGAGGACGCCUAAACUAGUUACACCGAAGCUAAAGACACCCAUGGCGGCGGGAGAUAAAAAAAAUGCUUUGGGUAAGAGGAAAUAUACCCGAAGAAAGAAGGAUACAAUGCUUUGUUUGGAUGCAAAUGCUUUGGGGGAGAUUGUGGAUGCAGAAAGCCGAAGUGGGUCCAAGUCUGUGAGGAGAAGCUUGAAUUUUGAUUUAGAGGAGUCACAAUCAGAUGACAAAUUUUCUUAUUUGAUGUCAAUGUUUAUGCAAAAUUUAGAAAAACAUGAGCAAGAGACAUGCCGGGAUAGCAAUUUGGCAAGCUCUGGAUUGAAAGAAACACUUGAUUCUACUGCAGUACAAGGUCCAAUAGUAGAGAAUUCAUUAUCAGGAAUUGUCUUCGAUCUCACAAGUGUAACAAGUGAACCGCAGAAUGAGUACUUGAAAAUAUUACAGACCUCAUCAUCUAUCACAUCAAACCAAAAUGUAGUACCCGCAGACAAUAUUGUCAAUUACAAUCAUGUUAUUGAUACUCCAAGUAAAGGGACAAAGAGAGAUCUUUGUCAUAGGGAUGCAUCGUGGGGGUUAGCAGGAGAAAACUUGAUAUAUAAUAAUGCUAGAGACUUCUCUAGACAAAACCAUGAUACAGAAAAGCAAGGCCCAUGCCUUCCAGACAACAACAAAAGGAGACGAAUGGAGAAUGGGUGCACUGCAUCAAUAUGUAACCCUUCUCCUACGUUGACAUUCACUCCCUCAACUGGUUGGACCAUACACACGUCAAAUAAUUCUCAAGAGCUCACAUUUACUGAUACAAUGAAGUUUAUGGCCCAAAAGCAGUUGCAAACUUUAGAGCAUGUGUUAUUACUUGGGGAAACAGAUGUGGAUACACAUAACCAUCCCGUUGCAAGGAAUAACCUGAGCUCCUUAAUUGAAUUAUUGGAUUACAAAAGGAACGCAACUCCAGUUGGGCCAUCUUUGCAGAAGAAUAAUUGUUUAAGACAACCGUCAGCCACCAACAAGCCAUCUGGUUAUAGCGACAGUCAAGAAAGCAAGGUCUGUGGAACACUGGUGAAGUUUGAGGCAUCAGAAGAUGUUAACAAGCCCAUGAAAAUUAAAGGCAGAAGGGGCAGGAAGAAGAAAGAAGCAAACCCUCUGAUCCAUCCUAGUCCUUCAAAAAGUAGCUCUGGUGCUUCUCAUGGCCAAGUAAAUCCUGGGAUAAUUGCAACAACCUCCACCCAUUUGCAUGACAAAAAUUUACAUCCUGUAGUCAUUUCAUUUGACCACCAAGAUAAAAGCAGUUAUAAAGCAUCAACUAAUUCUAAAACCCCAUCUUCAUCUUUCUGUAUGGAACAAAUGGAUUAUAUUGUUCAGAAACUCAGGUGGCUUAGCAUAGAUAAAGAACAUGAAGUAAUUUGUUCUCAAGCACAAAAUGCAAUUGUCCCAUUUGUCAGGAAUGGGGGCGCGAUGGUUCCAUAUGAGGGCACUUUUGAGCAGGUCAAGAGGCAUCGUUCUAGGGCUAAGGUUGAUUUGGAUCCCGAAACAAAUAGGGUUUGGAAGUUGUUGAUGGGAAUUGAAGGUGAGGGAAAUGAGGGAGCAAAUGUGGAUAAAGAAAUAUGGUGGGAAGAUGAAAGGCGAGUUUUUCAAGGACGUGUGGAUUCAUUUAUUGCACGCAUGCAUCUUGUCCAAGGGGAUAGACGUUUCUCCCAAUGGAAGGGAUCAGUUGUUGAUUCUGUAAUUGGAGUAUUUCUUACGCAGAAUGUUUCAGAUCAUCUUUCGAGUUCUGCAUUCAUGGCUCUAGCUGCAAAAUUUCCUCUUCGAUCUAGAGGCAACUCUAGAUAUUCCAAAGUAGAAAAGGCUAGCGCACCUAGAGAUAAUCAGACUGAGUGCAUCACAUCACUUGCUGAUGCUCCCAAUCUGCAAAGAAAUAUUUUAAAUCAUGAUUUUUGCAGCCAAGCUUCUUUGGAGAUAAAUGCUACUGCAAAUGAUGGGAAAAGUGAAAAUAGUAAUAGUAAUGAAACAUCUGGGAGUGGCACGACAAACAACAGUGGGGUUUAUUAUGAUGGAAAAAUUUUGGAAUCACAUGAAACAGAGCCCAACAUUGGUCAAGAAUCACCAAAUAGUGGGUCCAAUACUGUAGUUACACAGGCAAGGAGUGCCAACUCAGUGGAUAUUGAGGAUAGGAGGUUCGUGGAACAAGUUGUUUCAUCCCAAAAUUCUGGAGUUUCGUCACAGAAUUCCAUGGGAUGUCAGGUUCAAUCAACUGAUAAUAUUAGAUCAAUCUCAACGUUGAAUAUAGCAGCAGAUGAUUUGCAAAUUGCAAAUUUUAAUAAUGGCUUUGGUCACUCUUCAUUCACAGAACUUUUGCGCAUUGCGGAAAGCAACAAUUUCCAGGAAAUGUAUAGUCAUAGUAGCAUGCCAAGUGCAAAUAUCCAAGCUGUACAUAAUAUAGGAAAUAACUUGCCUGUUUUCGAUUAUAUGGACAACUCAACAGUCUCAACAGGUUUGUCCGAAUCUGAGGCAGAGUUUCUGUAUUCUCAUAAUACUUCUAACUUUACAAUCCUGGAAAAUAAUGCCAGCACUUUAAAGGAAGAGAUCAGAUUUUCUUUACAGUCAACCACAUGUGAAAUAGCUAGAGAGAAUAAAUUUGGAGUUACGUAUGGUGAAUGCAAGGAACCAGCAGCAGAAGCUGAGACCGACAGCCUCGACAAGCUUUUUUUAAAUUCUGGAACUGCGAACACUAUUGAGUCCUAUGUGCCAACAAGAAUUGAAAGUUCAGUGCAAUCAUCUUUUUCUGAAACUGAUGUUGUUUUGAGCCAGCAAUCUUUUAGUCACAAAAUAUUAGCACAGAGAACUGAUGCUUCAUCCAACAUUGAAAACUCUCACGGGAACACAAAUAUACCAUCUAAAGAUAUGGCAGGACCCCAACAGAAAGUUGGGCAUUCAACUAUCAAAUUAGAAAUCUCACAGGAAGCAAUCAGACUUGAGAGUCAAAUGGAGAACAACACAAAUCUUAAAACAAGUUCGACUUCAAAUGACAUAGUACAAAAACUGGACGUAGAUCAGACCACUGGUUCAAUCAUGAAAGAUAGCGCAUACAAUUUUCAAAAUGUUUCAACAGAAACUCCAAAACAAACGGAAAAGACAAGGAAGAGGAAAGCUGAGGUUGAAAAGAAGACCUUUGACUGGGAUAGUUUGCGCAAAGAGGUGAAUCGUAAUAAAUCUACAGAAGAGAGAAGCAGUGAUAGAAUGGAUUCACUUGACUGGGAAGCUGUAAGGCGUGCAGAUGUAAGUGAGAUAGCUGAAACCAUUCGAGAACGGGGGAUGAAUAAUAUGCUGGCAGCAAGAAUCAAGGAUUUCUUAGAUAGGCUUGUUCAAGAGCAUGGAAGCAUAGACCUUGAAUGGUUGAGGGAUGUUCCACCAGAUAAAUCAAAGGACUUUCUUCUAAGUAUAAGGGGAUUGGGGCUGAAAAGUGCGGAGUGUGUCCGGCUCCUGACACUACAUCAUUUAGCUUUCCCAGUCGACACAAAUGUUGGCCGGAUCUGUGUACGCCUUGGAUGGGUACCGCUCCAACCGUUACCUGAAUCCCUCCAAUUACACCUUUUGGAAUUGUAUCCAGUAUUGGAGACUAUUCAGAAGUAUCUCUGGCCUCGGCUUUGUAAACUUGACCAGCGUACAUUGUAUGAACUACACUAUCAAAUGAUAACUUUUGGAAAGGUCUUUUGUACAAAAAGCAAGCCUAAUUGCAAUGCAUGCCCAAUGAGAGGAGAGUGUAGGCACUUCGCCAGUGCUUUUGCCAGUGCAAGGCUUGCACUACCAGCCCCCGAGGAUAAAAGCAUAGUGAGCUCUACAAAUCCAAUCGCUUCCGAGCAUGGAAUGACUCCAUCUUUUACUCCAAGUUCAAUUCCGCAGAUUGAAUGCAGUUCACUCUCACAAGAGCCAACCAUUCAGAAGAACAAUGAACCAAUCAUUGAAGAGCCGGCUACUCCAGAGCCUGAAUGUCCGGAAUCUUUAGAAAGGGAAAUAGAGGAUGCAUUCUUUGAAGAUCCUGAUGAAAUUCCAACAAUAAAGCUCAAUUUUGAAAAGUUUACACAAAACCUGCAAAACUAUAUGCAAGAAAAUACGGAGCUCCAAACUACUGAUAUGUCAAAGGCGUUAGUUGCUUUGACCCCUGAGGCUGCAUCCAUCCCUAUGCCCAGGCUAAAGAACAUCAGCCGGCUGCGCACGGAGCACCAAGUAUAUGAAAUUCCUGAUUCACAUCCAUUGCUGGAAGAACUUGAGCAAAGAGAGCCUGAUGAUCCAUGCCCAUACCUCCUAACUAUAUGGACACCAGGUGAGACUGCACAGUCCACUGAACCCCCAAAAGCUUGCUGUGACUCCCAAGAUACGGGUCAACUUUGUGACAGGAGUACAUGCUUUGCAUGUAGCAGUAUAAGAGAAUCUCAGGCUCAUAAAGUUCGAGGAACUCUUCUAAUACCUUGUCGAACCGCAAUGAGGGGAAGCUUCCCACUAAAUGGUACCUACUUUCAAGUUAAUGAGGUAUUUGCAGAUCACCAUACCAGCCGUAACCCUAUUGACAUUCCAAGAGACUGGAUAUGGAACCUGCCUAGAAGAACUGUUUGUUUUGGAACUUCAAUACCAACAAUAUUCAGAGGUCUCACAACUGAAGGAAUACAACAGUGUUUUUGGAGAGGUUUUGUUUGUGUGAGAGGAUUUGAUCGAGUUACAAGGGCACCAAAGCCCCUCUAUGCCAGACUGCAUUUUCCGGCAAGCAAAGCACCUAAAAAUAGCAAAGGAGGGGUACCAGCAGCCCCUGCAGAUGGAUAGACCAGCAACACCUCAGACCUAACAGGAAUUCAUCAUUAAUUAAGAAUGGAUUACUGACCAACAAAUUGCGGGUGUGUUUAUGGCGAACCCUCUAACCUGAAGAAAACUUAGCAUCUAUCUCAAAAUUGAGGUUAAGUUGGGGGAGAUUGAAAGCCAUGAAUUUUGAUCUGUAACAUUCUGGCCAUUUAUUAUUUCAUUUCAUGCUCGGUGUUCGAGCCAUUCUUCUUCAUGAUAGAUAAGCUGGAUGAGAAUUCCAUCCAUCCACUUUAUUGAUUUCUCAAACAUGCAUAAAAGAGAUGAAGUUGAAGCUACAAAAUCUUCAGCUUUUCAACUGGUGAGAUAUUUAUUCAAACUUAGCUCAGUUGUAUUUGUAGCUUUCAAAAGCAGAUUAUUUAGAAUUUAAAUCUGGCAAGACGGGCUGCAGCUACAGUUAAGCAGUCCAUGAAUAACAACUUUAGAGUUUUCUUUUUCCCUUCCAAUAAAUGAUAUUAUAUUGUAGUUGAGGAAAUUCUUUUGAUGGAACAUUUUUUUUCGGAAGCUUUGGUGCUGACCGUACUUUUACAGCUCAUGCUUGCAUUCUAUACUUG